GUGUUGUAUUGGUCAAAAAGCCGGACAACGGAUGCCGUAUUGGCUGUUUUUUUCAUAGAGGUCCUAAAGAACUCUGAGAUUUGGAAUAUUGGGUUACAGUGUGGCAAAAUGGCGACUGUCAUUCAAAAUCAACUGAAAGGGUUAGGCGACCAGUUCUACAGGGAGGCCAUCGAGCACUGCCGCAGCUAUAAUGCAAGGCUGUGUGCCGAGCGCAGCGUGCGCAUGCCCUUCCUGGACUCGCAGACGGGCGUGGCCCAGAACAACUGCUACAUCUGGAUGGAGCGCCGUCACCGGGGACCAGGGUUGGCUGCAGGGCAGAUGUAUACCUACCCAGCACGCUGCUGGAAGAAGAAGAGGCGGCUGCACGCACCUAUAGACCCCCAGCUACGCCUCUGUGAGCUGCGUCUCGAGGCCGAGCUCAUGGCCAAGAAGGAGGUGCCCCCCACGGAGGCCACGGCCCUGGAGGCGCUCCUGAGGGGAGAGGGGCUGCUGGACAAGAGGAGCAACGCCGCCAAAGAGGAGGAGACGCUGCUGGAGAUUCAGAGGGUUCUGGAUGCAGACGAAAACGGGGACGGUUUCCAUGACGACGACGACUUUGAAGUGGACACCCCGAAGAGGAAGCAUCGAAAUAAAGGCAGAAGUCGGGGAAGUGGACGCAGGAGGACUGAAGCCGUCUCUGGGGAUGACCAGGACAAGCCCUAUGUCUGCGAUAACAGAUACAAACAAAAACAUAACUCAAAAUCCGCCAACUCAGUCUGCGGGAAACGCUACAAGAACCGGCCGGGUCUGAGCUACCACUACACCCACACCCACCUGGCCGACGAGGAGGGGGAAGAGGAGCAAGAGACCGAGAUGCCACAAUCACCCCCCUCCCAUCGUCCCGACAACCACAAACCUCAGAAGGGGCCUGACGGUACCAUCAUUCCCAACGACUACUGUGACUUCUGCCUGGGCGACUCGGUCUCCAACCGGAAGACGGGACAGGCGGAGGAGCUGGUGUCCUGCUCGGACUGUGGACGCUCCGAUGCUGCCAUGGCCUCCUGGAUGAACCCACCAGUCAUUUAUCCUCCGCUACUGGCCAAGGGACUGUCUGCUCUCCUCUCUGCCAGACCACCAGCCCUGACACACCCAGCCCGGGCCAGAGUUUAUGUGGAGGGUUUAAUCUCUGUCAGCUGUAGGCCCUGCUGUGGCACUCCCUCUCUCCCUCCGUGUGGAUCUCCCUCCCUCUCCUCCUCUGUGUGGAUCUCCCUCUCUCCUAAGAGAGCGCAUAAACGACAACGACAAUGAUGAUGAUGAUGGUGUGGAUGGUGCAUACAGCUCAUGCCCCCGAGAGAGGCUGUAUUUAUGCUCCGGAGAUAAUUAUUCUGAAGGGCACCUGAAGAGCUGCCAGACAUCAGCCAUUAAAAGGUAGACUUCAGUAGAACGUGUUGGCGGAAGUAUAGAGGUGUAAAAGGUAGACUUCAGUAGAACGUGUUGGCGGAGGUAUAGAGGUGUAAAAGGUAGACUUCAGGAGAACGUGUUGGCGGAGGUAUAGAGGUAUAGAGUAUUGGCACUUUGGUAAAUGCUGUAAAAACAAAACAAAUGCAAAAAUCACAUGAAAAAUACAGUUUCUUCAUCAAAUACUCCUGUGGUCAUGAACAUAUAAUGACAUACACCCAUGUUAGACAAAUGGAUGUCAAAAAGCACUGAUUCUGGCCUCGUGGUGAGAUUUAUAGCUUAGGGCUUGUUACCGUGGUUUCAAGAGGACUGAUUUACAAAGCCUGCUCAUCAUAUUUAUUUCACCAUGAGACAAUUCUAACCAACAUGUGUUUCAUAUACUGUGUGCUGAAGACACCAGAUAUUUUACACACACACACACACAUACAUAUAUAUAUAUAUAUAUAUAUAUAUACACACACAGAGAUUUCACACAAACUGCUUCAUGCGCCAUUUUAAAAAACAGAUACAGGCACGAGCGCGCGCGCACACACACACACACACACAAUCACACACACACACACACAAUCACACACAAGCAGAGAUGUUGUAUAUGUUCUGCUGGACUUAUAUUGUAAAGGAGCAGUGUGUUGUGGCUGUUUCUGGGCUUUGUUGAUCUGUAAAUGUCAGAUUCGCUCUCCAGAGAAAAUACUUUGAGGUAUACUUUGAUUGUGCCCUACUCACUGACAAACCACGUGGACUUGUAAGCUGUACACAAUGUAUUUUCUUUGCAAUAAAAAAAUCAGGGAUGUGGUGCUGUGUUUGUUUUGGGGCUGCCACUUGAUAGACUACUGUAAGUCGCUACUGCUUAUCCAUCAGUACUACUGAACAGAACUACUCUGUCUGAUGUAUAGUAUAAACAAAUAUAGGCAUGUGUAUGUAAACAUUAUGAAAUCAGCAGAUCCGUUGGUAUCUGUCAAGUCAUGGUAAAGAAGACACCGGUUGUGAGAAAUAAAUGGUGCUCAAAGAGUUCAGACUGAAGUCCAAAGAUUUUAGUGUUUCAGUGUAAAGUUUGUGUUCAAACAAGUGGUGGUCUUUUUGGUGUGUGUACGGACAAACGGUUCAUGGAGAUCAUCGGUUGAUGGCUGAAAGGAUGAUAUGUAAAAGUGUCUGACAGACUUCCUUGAUGGAUUUCGGUUGCAAGAACCUUUCAUCUGAGGGGAGCUGACCUCGAAAGAGGGCUCUUUUAAAAACAACAAACAAACGCAUGCAAACAAAAAAAAAUGGAAUGUUUUCUCUUUUGGAGAAGAGUAGUAUUAUUAUUAUUAGUAUUAUUAUUAUUAUUUAGUGAAUAUGCUAAAUAAAAGACUGACAUCCACAUCUCCUUGGCUUUUUCUUCCUCUAUCAGACAAAAACAGUGUGAAGUUCUAAAAAGCACAAAGGUAAAAUACGUCUCUCCGACAAGGAGAACAAUGCGACACAGAAAGGGCAAAAAUUGACAUUUAUGCAUCACACAUCCUUAAUUAUCUUCAUUUUACAGUCAUGUAGCAAUUCUAGGUGAAAGCAGAGAGAGACAUUUCUG